GUUUCGUCACUUCCGUCGAAAAUACAACAAAUGGUUAGGCUAGCUGCUCUGUGUAGUUACUGUCAGUUCAAGCUCAUUUUUCCCUAUUUUUGUGUUUAACUGAUCCCACGACUUCACUUACAGCCGCACACCAUCAGAUCCAUGGUGGCAGGUUCGGCACUGAUGGAACCAUCCACUAAGCCUGGGAGCAACCAAGUCGCUGAUGUGGUGUUUGUCAUUGAAGGGACGGCAAAUCUUGGACCCUACUUUGAAUCUCUAAGGAAAAAUUACAUACUUCCAGCUAUCGAAUAUUUCAACGGAGGGCCCCCGGCAGAAACAGAUUUUGGUGGAGAUUAUGGAGGAACACAGUAUGGUCUUGUGGUGUUCAACACAGUGGACUGUGCUCCUGAGUCAUACGUCCAGUGCCAUGCACCAACCAGCUCUGCCUUUGAGUUCGUCUCGUGGAUCGACAGCAUCCAGUUCAUGGGAGGUGGAGCAGAAAGUUGUAGUCUAAUUGCAGAGGGGCUCUCUGUGGCCUUGCAGCUCUUUGAUGACUUUAAGAAGAUGAGGGAGCAAAUAGGUCAAACCCACAAGGUGUGUGUGCUGCUGUGUAACUCUCCCCCUUAUCUGCUUCCUGCUGUGGAGAGUGUCAGCUACACCGGCUGCACAGCUGACAACUUGGUCAAAAUCAUCAGAGAUAAAGGAAUUCACUUCUCGGUGGUGGCUCCUCGGAAACUGCCUGCUCUGAGGGCUUUGUUUGAGCGGGCGUCUCCUGUAGGAGGGGUGGUUGAACCCCAUCCAGACUACAGUCAGGACCCCUUCCACAUGGUUCUAGUCCGUGGCAUCUCACUUCCUGUUUCCUCAGGUGGAGGACCUGGGCCGCUCAAACCUGUCCUCCCUCCUCAGUCAUUGCCUGUCACUCAGCCUCUCCCUGGAGCUUCACAGCCCCCUCCACCCAUUAACACAACCCACCCUUAUCAGAAUCCGGCCUCCAUGACUGCUGCUCAGGUGGCUGCACAGAUGGCCGUGGAGGCAGCCAACGUCCAGAAGAGUCGCUUCCCAGGAAUGGUCAAUCAAGGUCCCCCGUUCACCAGUCAACCACAGAUCCCCUCAGUCCCCGGGGUGAAGCUCAGUCAACCCAGCAUAUCAACGGUCACCACAGCAACACAGCCUAUGAUGUCACAGCAACAAGUCCCUCCAAAUCAGCAACAGCCAGUCCCGCCCCCAGGACAGCCUACACCCAAUCAGCAGCCGCAGCAGCCACCUCAGCAGCAGCCCACAGCAAAUCAGCCCACAGCCCCAUCAGCGCAGCCCAACAUGCCUGGUGUGUCUGGACCUCAAAGCAAUGCAAAUCCAAUUGGACAGCAGCAAGGCGUGGCCAAUAAGAUUGUUGCAUGGACCGGCGUUCUUGAGUGGCAAGAGAAGCCUAAAGCCUCAUCUAUGGAUUCAACCACCAAACUGACACGUUCUCUGCCGUGUCAAGUGCAUGUCAACCAAGGAGAAAACCUAAACACAGACCAGUGGCCACAGAAGCUCAUCAUGCAGCUGAUUCCACAGCAGUUACUGACAACCUUAGGUCACCUCUUCAGAAACUCCCGAAUGGUUCAGUUUCUCUUCACUGACAAAGACGUGGAAUCUCUGAAAGGCCUGUAUCGCAUCAUGGCCAAUGGUUUUGCCGGCUGCGUCCACUUCCCCCACACCACUUCACCCUGUGAAGUGCGGGUGCUGAUGCUGCUCUACUCAUCCAAGAAGAGAAUAUUCAUGGGCCUCAUUCCCAACGACCAGAGCGGCUUCGUCAAUGGCAUCCGGCAAGUCAUCACCAAUCACAAGCAGGUCCAGCAGCACAGAGCGCAGCUGGGCGGCGCAGGGGGUCCAAUGCAACCUGGUCAGGUCCCCCCCAACCAGAACUUCCUUAACAGGCCCCCUGGUCCCAUUCCUGUCUCCCACGGCAACGUCCAGCAGCAGUCUGUGGUGGUGGGCAUGCCCCCUGUUAGUCAGGUUUCUAUGAUGGAGGAGCAGCAGAGGCAGAGCAACAUGAUGACAAUGAGAGCAGCCGGACCGUCCAACCAACAGCCGCCGGUCAGCGGCGCUCCCCCCAACCAGGUCGCACAGAGUGGACAAGCCCAGCCUCAGGGUCCCAUACUGCGCCUCUCAAACCCAGUAGCCAAUCCACAGCUUCGCAGUCUCCUACUCAGCCAGCAGCAGCCACAGGGAGCGGUGUCUCACAUGACAGGCAUGAUGUCUCACCAGGGUUUAGGGCAGCAGUUGGUCCACUCAGCACCAGGAGGGGGGGCUCAAAUGCAGGGCCAGUGGAGGCAGCCCUUGGGAGGUCAGAUGCUGAUGUCUGGAGGUCAGAGAGGAGCUGUGCCUCAGCCCGGGAUGCCCCAGGUCUCCAGUGUCAUGGAGGAUGAAAUCCUCAUGGACCUUAUCUAACUGAGCAUUGUGGACUCAUAACAGGAGGGUUUUUAGAUGAAUCUCUGCAGCCAUUAUCCCAGUUUGGACACAUACAUCCCCUCUGUUGCUUUACUGCUACAAAUGUUCAACAUAAUUAAGGAGCGAAUCAUGAGUAGUUUCUUCUGGGUUUUUUUUUUUUUUUUUUUACGGGACUGAGCAGCUGAAGUUAAUUAGGGGCAGACAAUGCGAGCAUUAGUUUUUCAUGUAAAUGGUCAAACCGGCAGCAUGCUAAUCCUUCAUGCUACACCCUGGAUGCAGCCAAACCAUUGGAAACAGUCAGUUAUGUUGUGCUUCUGGAAACUCUACUCAUCUAUAAUUUUUACAUUUUAUCAUUUAAAACUGAAAUGGUUUUUUUUACCUUUUAAAUUCAGAUUUUUCUUUUUUCUGUUAGAUUUUUUUUUAUUAUUGAUAAAGUUGUUUAGGGAGGAUUCAAUAAAAUGAAGCGUAGACAACUGAAGAAGUCAUUUCUCGUUGUGAAGAGGUUUUUCUGUUCAUACAUGGUGAUGCUUUGAUUCAUUUGAUAUACAGCCAGAGUCGUCGUCCCCCCCCCUGCGUGAAUGCAGCAUGGACCCUGAAGGUGAGAGAGAGACUGGAAUAGACACAGUAAUAGAUAGUUCAGUGUCUUUUUCUGCCAAAUAGUGUCACAGUGUUAAUUUUAACUACUCCAAUAUGUCGUGGAACCAUAGAGAGUCCCCCUUGUGCCAAGUAGUCCUACCAGAUGGCAUCAGUUGGCCAUGUUUCCUUUGGCAUAACAUACAAUCAGGCUGACCGCAUGCGCACAUGGCACAGACUUCACAUAUAUGCCAUGGUCUGCUUUCGAAACGCACCCUGGCAUGCGGACGCAAUGCAUUCAAGUUAAACCCUGCGCACCAGCAAACGCAAUCCCGUCAUGUACCUGAUGGUGACAUUGGUGCUGAAGCUGCAGAGCUGAGCCGAGCGCGCACGAGAAGAGAGAAACGCACGUGAACUUUGCUCAGCCUCGCACAUGACACCUUCAUGAUAUAGUCAUGUAUCAAUUGGUGCUGUUUUUUUCACACUUGGACACUGUGUAUACACAUACACUCUCACCAACAGGAAGUGAUGUCAGUCCCCGUCACCUGGGAGACAGAGACGGUUGCUAAGAUACCGUGACAGUGGGUUCUUGUUUCUGAGCUUUUCCUCAGCCCUGCUUUCACAUGGACUCUCACAGAUAGACACUAGUCCCUCAGUGGCUGGUGUUCAUCCCUCCCAUCCCUUAAUCACUGGCCGGCCCUCGGAGCCCGGCUUAGCUUCACUUUAUCUUCCUCUCUCGCACUCGCUCUCUCUCUCCAUCUAUCUGCCUCCAUCUCACUAUCAAGCUAUUAGCGCCUGUCUGAGCUCAUAAGUUUUUCAGUAUCUCUUUUAUUAACAGCAGAAAGGUCCGUAUGAUGAACAGUAGUGGUAAAUAAAAUGGUGGCUUAUGGU